AUGAUGGCAACAGGUAUCGAUGGAUCCCGAUGGUCGUCAUACAUACAAGACAUCAAAAGAGUUCUGAAACCAGGCGGUUGGGUGCAGUUGGUCGAGAUCUACUUCAACGUCCAGUCGGACAACGGUUCGCUCACGGAGAAGCACGCAUUGAGACAGUGGAGUACAAAGCUUAUGAGCUCAGUGGAAGACGUCAAGGAUCUUCGUGUAGGCACCCGCCUGAGAGAUCUCCUGCAAGCAGCAGGGCUGAAGGAAAUCGAAUGCACGAUGAUACCUGUCCCCCUUUGCGAAUGGUCUAGCGAACCGAGGAUGCGAGACAUAGGCAAAGCCAACCGCAAGAUCACCAGACACCUGCUCACUGCAGUAGCACUCUACCCCUUGACCCAACGCCUGCACAUGUCGCAUGACGAGUUUCAGCAGUUGAUCGACCAAGCACAAAAAGAAGCGGAAAACCCGAGCCUGAAAACAUAUUUCCCUUUGUAA